AUGCAGAUGCACGAGCGACAGGUGGCGCGCCAAAGACAACAACUGGAAUACAGCUUCGCGGAGUUAUCCCGCAACCCACAUGGCAUGAGCGAAGGCGAGAUGCUUCGGAGCAAAGCCUUGGAGCAGCGUGAGCGUCGAGAGCAGCGCGAGCGGCUUCGCAGUGGGACCCCACCCCGCACGGCUGCACCUCAGGCAGCUCCUGUGGUGCCCGGCCCGGGCAGCGGCGCCGCCGUGCCUCCAGGGCCGACGGCGAGCUUCAUCCCGUUCGGAGACCGUGGUCUUCUACCGGAAGCAGGAGAUGAUGUUUUUGCUUCCCCAGAAGCAAGCCGCUUCCAUUUGGACCCGUCUGCCGUCAUGACAGCUCGAAAUUGGAGCCCUGGGCACUCGCGGCCUGACGUGGCGCGGUUCGAUCUGGAUCCCGUGACACAGCGUGAUUGGGCGAGACCAGGUACAGUGGUGCCCGACCGGAACUACACUCCCAGCUACAUGCGCCCCCAACUUUUUUCAGGCCCCGUGCAGCCGGGCCUCAUGAGCCAGGACUCUAGCCCUGCUCAUGGUACUGCACCAACGCUGUUCGAUCCGACCAGUCCGCAUGCAGCCAGUUCUGGGCAGCCCUCGCAGCCCUCUGGGUGCCUGGCUUGCACCCAAAGAAGAGCUCGCCUCGCAGCGUGUGGGCCGUUGGAAGGAUUCUGCCUCGGCUUGCUCGCCGGCGAUCCGAUGUCUGUCAUGGAGCAAAGCCGCAAAGUUGCAGAGGAUGCAUUGUACCAGAAUGAAGCAGGCCGCAAGAAAGCGGAACGUGAACGCCAGAAGGCCGCCGAGGAGCAAGCUGGAGCUUGGGACGGCGGUCGCCAAUGCGCGCCUGAAGCGUGUCGUGCCAUGGGAGUAUCAAGCUGGCCAAGGUUCUGGGCGCCCACCCUCGGUUCGGGACAUGAAAAUUGGGGGGGAGGUCCACACGGUCUUCCGCUGACUAAGAGGUUGUUUCGGCAACUCGUAAGCCUGGCCUGGUCGGCCUGCAGACGCCUGCAGCAGGGCAUGCCCGGAAGUGAGCGACAACGGGGAUGUGGCAGCACACUGUCCAGUGUCCCGUUUCUUCUGCCUGACAGCGCAUGA